AAGGAAAAAAAGAAAAAAAAAAAACAGAGAUGAGCUGUUAUCAAUUUUCAGUGAUAACAAAAAACACGGUUUUUCCUUCUUCCCUGUCUUUCUCUGUCUUCUCUUACUUUUUAUAUUACUCUCAAUUCCCAUUAAAACUUUCAAUCUUUCAGCCAUAAUUAAGCUUCUUCCCUUCAGAAAACAUCGACUGAAGCUGCUCCAAGAUUAAAGAAGCUUCAAUUUAUAAUACUCUGCCCCUUAAACUAGCAAAGCCUGAUCUGCUGCAUAAUCGUCUAAAGAAAAAUUGAUGGGGAUAAAUAAGUUGCUGUGUUGGUUUGCAGUUUUCUUCUUUUUGUUGGGUUUCUCUGCUUGCAGUUCGAUUUCUGAUGGUGUUUUUGACUCUUUCACUUCUACUGGAAGGCACCUCCUUCAAGCUAAGAAAGCUUGCCCUGUUAACUUUGAGUUUCUGAACUACACAAUUAUCACAAGCCAAUGCAAAGGACCAAAGUAUCCACCUGAAAGUUGUUGUUCUGCAUUCAAGGAAUUUGCUUGUCCUUAUGCAGAACAGAUCAACGACUUGACGACCGAAUGCGCUUCAACCAUGUUCAGCUACAUUAAUCUUUACGGGAAAUACCCUCCUGGUCUUUUUGCUAGCGAGUGCCAUGAAGGGAAAGAAGGGCUCGCUUGCCCUGCGUUAUCGCCAUCAGCAUCAGCAUCGGAGAAUGCUAAUGGUAGUCAACAGCUGAUACGUAAUCCUCGGAUGCUGGUAAUGGCCGCAAUCAUAGCUGCAGCUAUGUUGUUAUGAAAGCCUGGAAAUGAAUUCCGAUUAUUCCAUUGUUUGAUUUUUAUAUAAUAUUUAUAUUAUUUUCCCACUUUUAACGCUGAAGAAGGGUACAGUAUUUUGAUUUCAUACACCAGGUUCUUUCUUGGUGCAUCCUUUUAUUUGUACUUCCAGAAAUGUUGUAGAAAUAAUAUACUUCAUUUGGUUUUGCGUGGACA